UAUUUCCCAACAAACACAAUCUUCAAAGUCUCGCGUACGUGUCCGAGAUUUGCUAAUGACGUCAAUAUCAACCAAUCAGAUUUGACCAAGGCUCAGGUUCCCCGCUUCGAGGUCACGAACUAUGACCUUUGUGUUGUGUGUCUGCAGUUGCCUGCAAGAUUUUAUGUCGAAAAAGCCGCAGGAAUCGAUGUAGACAGUGCAAGAUACAGCCACACCCAUGGCGUCAGUUGAAGAACAACUGCAGCAGGCUGCUGCUAGCGCCACCACGCCAAUGGUGUCCACCACCAGCGUUGCCAGUAGCAACCAGCAAACCCCCACCAGUCACCACUCUAUACUGACCACAGUGGACACACCCAUGGGCCAAGAAAAUGUUAUUUUACUGACCACACCAACAACGGCCACUCCUACGCCAGUGGCGCUCCAUGCUGGUGGCAUGAUGAUCCCCUUCACGAUAGCGGCACAGGGGGCUGGGACCUCGGCUGUCGCUACCACAAAUGCCACUGGUCCCAUCGCAGUCACUAUGUUGACUCCUCAAGAUCUAGCAACACGAAUAAAGGAUGUGGGGCAAUUGGGGCAGAUACCAAUCACUUCUUUAAACAGCCUGGAUCUGGCCAGUCGGUUAAAGGACCUGACUCCGCAGGCUCUGCAGCUGACCACGCCCGGCCUCCCCUCUCCCCAGCAGAUGGAGGCCGGGUCCCCUGGGUCCACCCCCAUCACCCCCAUGACACCCCAGACACAGAAGAUGUACUUUGAACAAAGAUAUGAGCCUUGCCUUGUGUGUGGAGAUAAAGCUUCAGGUCGCCAUUAUGGCGUAAUAAGCUGUGAAGGAUGCAAAGGUUUCUUCAAGCGCAGUAUACGGAAACAGCUGGGCUAUGCAUGUCGAGGAAGUCGAGAUUGUCCAAUCACAAAACACCAUAGAAAUCGGUGCCAGUACUGCCGCCUACAGAAGUGUCUUAGAGUUGGAAUGCGAUCAGAAUUGAACCAAUGUCUCUCGCCAGCUGUUCAGCAAGAGAGAAAGCCGCCAGAGACGAGGGAAAAAUCGCCUGGAAACAUUGCCACGUCCACGCAGAAGAUCUACAUCAGGAAGGACUUUGGCAGCCCAUCUGCAGCAGUUCCUACUUUUGUUACCACACCCAAGGGUAAAGUUGGGGAGAACUUACUUGCCAACAUGCAGGAGCGGUUGGUUCAGACUGACCAAGGAGUGGCAGUGAUCAGCCCGCAGGUGCUUGGGGUGUCCGCAUCAAAUGCAGACCUCAGCACACUGGCUAGUGUGGUCACCACCUUGGCGACCAUGGGCAAGGAGAAGGAAGACGAGAACAACUCGGAACUUAAUGUUCCCAUGGCAACACCAAAUGGUGACACCGGUGAUGGGAAUGACUCUGUAGCCAAGGCGUUUGACACCCUGGCCAAGGCCAUCCAGCAGGCCCCCAUGGUGAACUCUACAGAUAAUUUGGUUGGUAGCAGUGAGCAUAGUAAUAAUGACAGCUUAGAAGGACCUAUUUUGAUGGAUAACAACUUCCAGUUCAACCUUACGACUCCGUCCCCCAUGCCCACCUAUCUGAAUGUGCACUACAUCUGCGAGAGCGCAUCACGUUUGCUCUUCUUGUCCAUGCAUUGGGCAAAGGCUGUGCCCGCAUUUGCAGCUUUAAGCCCAGACAUUCAGAAUGUCAUUGUGCGUUCGUGCUGGAGUGAGUUGUUUACACUUGGCCUGGCGCAGUGUGCCCACGUGAUGGCCCUAUCCACCAUACUGACGGCCAUAGUUAGUCACUUACAGACCAGAGUACAGCAAGACAAGCUUGCUGCAGACCAUGUGAAGGCAGUCUCAGAACACAUCAUGAAGCUACAGAUGUAUGUCCAGGUGUUACAGGGCAUGCAGGUGGACGCUGAGGAGUAUGCCUAUCUCAAGGCACUGGUGCUCUUUAACACAGACAGUCCCAGUUUGUCUCACCAACAGUUCCGCCAAGUGGAGAAGGUGCAAGAAAAAGUCUACCACGAAUUAGAGGCAUACGAAGAGGCCAAGUCCCAAUCAAACUCACACAGAGACCGGUACUCCAAGUUAUUAUUGAGGCUCCCAGCCCUGCGCUCCUUGAGCCCCAGCAUCAUGGAGGAACUGUUCUUUGCUGGUUUGAUCGGUAGUGUACAGAUAGAUAGUAUAAUUCCGUACAUACUCCGCAUGGAGACGACGGAGUACCAUGGACCCGGUGUGGCAGCGGCAGCCUCUGUGGCAGCCUCCGUUGGCGUGACGUCCUCCCCCGGACCACAGGAAGUGGUCACUGCAAUACCCACGGACGGUCAGCAGCAACAUAUGUAUACAACGUCCACUGGGCAGCAAGUCAUGGUCACUGGUGGUCAGCAGUAUGCUACAGCUGUUUCUAUGGAUACAUAAGGUGCCAUGGUAACAGUUUCUAUGGAUACCCAAGGUGCCAUGGUAACAGUAAGCCUGCUACUUUGGAUACUGAAGGGAAACCAUAAAUGACUUGCCCAGUAACGUGGCUAACUGUAGUUCUGUAUACUUGCUACUAUAGAGAAUGAAAAAUAUAGAUAACUGUCCAUUUGCUGUAAUGGGCACAUCUGAAAGCUUGUUACCAUGGAAAUGUAAGUUUUGUAAUAGUGGAUAUAUAUAAGACAAUGAAGAAGAUAAAACAGACUAAUGGCAAAUGAAUGUCAACCUAUUUUUACCAUAUUGUUAAAACUUUCAUUCACAAUUCAGAAUACAACUGCCUGGUUGUAUUUUCACAAUUUAUGCCAUUUGAAAAGAUUCAAUUAUCAAAUCAUUCAUUAGCAAGUUCCAGUAUAAAAGAAGCCUAAAUGCUUUAAUUGAUGUGCUAACCUGGCAGUUGCCUGGGAUAUUUUGAACAGAUUAUGCGAUUGCUUGGCAUUGUGAAUGCUAAUACUUGCUGUAAAAAAAAAAAGGGGUGUAGUAUAAUUUGCAUCAAGUUUGCAUGAUCUUUUAUGGAGGCAGUCUUAGCGAUCUCUUCAAGCAGAAUACAAGGUAUUUUAUGUUUUGCCCUUGUUUUUGUUAGUUGAUUGAUUUUUACUAUUUAUCAUAGUACUGGUGAAAAAGAGAAUGUUGUAUUUAAUGCAAGAUCCGUGCAUGUUUUUUAUUGUCAAUUUAUUUGUGCUGUAUAGAGGCCCUAGGCCUAGAAAAUUGUGUAGAUAUUUUUAUCGGCAAGUUUUCCUUUUGAUUUUUUUAAAUAAUGUAUUAUCCUAACAAAGUGUAUAUUAAAUGUGCUGUAUUAUAGUUCCAUAUUUCUCUAUUGCGAUUUAGAAUAAUGGCAGAACAAGGAAAGUUGUCCCUAAGAUGCGCAAGGGGACGGGACCAAGUUGAAUAGUAAUAUUAUGAUCUAUUUCUGAUACACUUAGUUUGCCAAUUCUCUUCUUCUUAUUAUUAUCAGUGGAACAGUAUGGAAUUGCUUUUGUUCUAUAGCACGGUGAUUUUUAGAAUAUAUUUUAUCAUUCAUGUUUUGUAACUUUGUCCCCCGUUUCCCUUACUGUGUUU